GAUAUUUCUGGUGUCCAUCUACAAGGUAGCAGGGGCACGACUGUACCGAUACUUGAGUUCUACUCCAAUCAAACAAUCUCAGGAGACAGGACAGAAAACAUACCGGUGACAAUAAUAUAAGCAGCACAGCCUGAGCACCAGAAACGCAGGCUCACACGCGGAAGACGGAAGGGAGGCGCGUGGAAUGGAAGCUGAGCCGUAAGAGAAACUGUGAGGGCUACACCUGGGCAGCACAGGCGCCAGAGAAGUCUGCGGCGGGGGGUGUCUUUGAGAAGCUCUUUGCGCAGCAGGCUCACCGAUCUUCAAAUCUCCCAAGGAUGCCCCGCGCCCCCCCCCCCCCCCGGCCCGGCAAGGCCUUCCCCGACCUCCACCACAAACUACAAAGUGGAUAAACGGAAAAGAGAGAGAAUGAACAUCUCAGAAGACAGAGUCUGUGUGAGCAACUCUGAGGGCAGAGGGAACACGAUGACACGUGUCGGGAAGACACGCUCCGGGGCAGCGCCGGCAGGAAGGGGAAGGAAGCCACAGAAGGCCCCGAAAAGAAACGUGGCUCAUGUUCCACAGCCGCUAUACUUCCGACGUUGCCGUCACCAUCGCAGAGGCAAAAACUGUUUAAAUUAAAGCAACAGCAAGGAGGUUAUUCGAAGGGAGAAGUGUCAGGAUUCAUCGUGACUUCGGCAGAAAAUCUGCGAGGACGUUUCUGUCCCGCCGAACUCGACUGCUUCCGUUCUCAGAGCGCCGCACACGAUGUGAUGUGAAAACCUGCCCGGUGAAGAUGAUGGAUGCCGACAGCGGGCCACUUCUCGCGUGUAAGGAACAGGGCUGCAGGCUGACCGCACACGUCACUCUUCAUCACGCGUGACAAGCGGGUCUGAUGGGAACCAUGCCCAUUCUUCACAGUUCAUUUGAAGGAAAAGGGAACAGAAGAAACAAGUGGUAUGAAAGGAAAAGCCGCUACGUAGUCACCGAACACAGAAGCAGAGAGUAAAAGACCUGUCUGCCCUUCAGCCAGAGACCCGCGGCCCCUGAAGGAAAGACCAUCCGGCAUCGCACCGCACCGCAUCGGCCCUCGCCCCAACGGUAAGUGUGUUUCACCCUCGGCUCCAAAAGAAAACACUACCAUCGUCUUCUGUAGAAUGAAUUACAAGGUUUCGUUUUCAAUUUCUCAUGCUCUUAGAUCUCUCUUUUCCCCUACCCUUAAUCUAUUAUUACGGUUUUUCAAGAGAGUAUAAACUAUAUUGUCAAGUCACCUACUUCAGCAUUUACGUCCUCCGGCCUCACAACUGGCUCCAGCAUACAAAUUUCACUACCAGUUAGAGAGAGAAACGACAUGAAUACAGAAAAUAAUCCUGACUAAACAGUCCACCUAGGACUGAUACCAGCAUUCUUCGCCUCUUUUGCUCCAUCGUAACGAAUUUCCUCAGGAUGGAUAUUUUGCAAAUCGUCAACACUGAUCUGUUUUUUCUGCUCUCAUUAGAGGGGACAGUGACCUGGCUUCUAGAUGGCCUGAAAGUUAAGCAGAAGAAUUAAAGCAGCGUGGUUAUUUUUAGCUCUCUACAGGCAUAAAAAUACAGCCCUGAGCUGUGACCCACAGCAGAACAUCACAGCACGCACCGUCCCCCCCGAAGCUGGGAGCGCGGCCCUGGUGCCUCCCGGUGCCGCUCCUCGCUGCAUCACCGGAGCCGACUCGGAGUGCAUUUAGGACCAGAGCCUGUGGCUGCCGGCAUCUUCUUCAAACAGACGGAGCUACGUUCAAAAGGCAGACCGUUAUAUAAUUUGUGAAGAUUAAACAGGGACGCAUCCGGAAGAACAAUAUACGCCCAAGAAAAACAUAGCUUCGUCACUAAUUCAAGCAAACUCUUUGGCAACAUCACCACAUCGGAUCCAUCAACUUACCAGGCUGAGCAUGCCACUUUUUGGCUGGAUGAAAUGGCCAAAAUACGAUGCCUACAAACCCGCACACUGUCCUGGCUCAGAUGUAGUGACAAAGACACUGCUUCGGGAAUUAAAGUGGCAUCUGAAGGAGCGAGAGAGACUAAUACAAGAGAUUGAAAAUGAACAAAAAGUAAAAAAAACAGGAGUGGAUUACAACUGGCUGAGAAACCACCAGAACCCCCACAUGACCAUCCCGGCUACUGAACAAAGACAACUUGAAGUCCUUUGCUCACAAGUUCAACCUUGUCAGACCGGAACUAUUCUCAGCAGAUUUCGAGAAGUUUUAGCAGAAAAUGAUGUACUGCCAUGGGAAAUAGUCUACAUCUUCAAGCAAGUUCUGAAAGACUUCCUAAACAGUGCUGACAAAGGCAACCAGCAGGAAGGCCUGGAAGAGUCAAGGAACACAGACUGUCCUGUUCCUUCUGUGAUGCCAGGCUCAAGCGCCAAGAGUUCAGACAAAGACGAAAUACCCACUAUUUCCAGUUACGUGGACAAAACCACAAAGAACAGGUUCCCAGCAUUCUCACACAGAAUAUGGAACCUACCAUAUUAUUACCCAUCAAGUUAAGUUACUUAUAACCAGAGGAGUUUCUAUGACCACCUUCAGAAGCAGAACUCUUAAUAUUAAAAGAAAAAGUGAUGUGAUUUCAUGUUUUGUUGCAAAGUCAGAUGUUACGUAGUGUUUAACUCUGCAUCCUAGGUUUUAAGUAGUGUUCCUUUUUUAACCACUCUACAAAUGCAAUGUUUUAUUAAACAGUCUACUUUUAACUAAAAUGGUUCCAAAUAUUUUGAAAAAAAUGUUUGAAGUAUUUUCUUAUACCUCAAACAUCUCUCACAGGAACAUAGGCAUUUUAUUUAGUAUGAAACUGGACAAAUUCUGUGUGGAAAUUAGACAUUAACCUUGACUUUUAUUCUGAAAGGAAGCUGUAUAGAAUAAAAUAAAUGACUGAUGUGAA